AUGGUCCGUAAACUCAAGCAUCAUGAACAGAAGCUAUUGAAGAAGGUAGAUUUCCUUAAUUGGAAUGCUGAUAACAAUUUACAUGAAAUUAAAGUGAUGAGAAAGUUUCAUUUACAAAAAAGAGAAGAUUAUACAACAUACAAUGCAUUGUCAAGAAAGAUCAGAACAUUGGCAGAAAAAAUUGCAGCAGUUGAUGCCAAACAUCCAUUUAGAACAGAAAGUAGUGGAUUAUUGCUUGAAAAGCUAUAUAUUCUCGGUUUGAUUCCAACAAAAUGGGAUUUAGAGCAUGCAAGUAAAAUCUCAGCUAGUUCAUUCUGUAGACGAAGACUUCCAGUUGUUAUGGUUCGAAAUAAAAUGUCAGAGAAUAUCAAAAAUGCAUCAAAACUUGUUGAGCACGGACAUGUAAGAAUUGGAACUGAAGUUAUCAAAGAUCCAGCAUUCUUAAUUACACGAACUAUGGAGGACUUCUUGACAUGGAGUGAUAGCAGCAAGAUUCGUCAACAUGUAUUGGAUUAUAAUGAUGACCGAGAUGAUUUUGAAUUACUUUAA